UCCUAGAAGCUGAGAAGUGCGCUGUGUUGUCGCUGUGCGCCUCUUGUGUGGGGAGCCGCAGUCUCCGCCCCCCUCCCGCUGCCUCUUCAUGACCCGCAGUGGACGUGUGCGACACCAUCCUCAGCGACUGAGCUGCAUUUAGCCUCUGGUAGACUGGAGCUCUCACGGGGGAGAUGGAGCUGCAGGGGAGCUGUGAGUAGGAGCUGGAGGCGCGGGAGCGGACAGCAGUGCAGGCACAGCGCGGGAUUGAAGCCAUUGUAAAUGUAUGUUUUAUCCACAAUGGCUGAACAUCAUCCUCCACCACUGGAUACCACUCCGCUACUAACAACUGAUAUUCCACUUCUACCUGCGCCCAUUGUCAAUGGAGAAGGCAGCCAGCAGGUUAUUUUGGUCCAGGUCAACCCAGGGGAAGCAUUUACAAUAAGAAGAGAAGAUGGACAGUUUCAGUGCAUUACAGGUCCUGCUCAGGUCCCUAUGAUGUCCCCGAAUGGCUCGGUUCCUCCAAUCUAUGUGCCUCCAGGAUAUGCUCAGCAGGUGAUUGAAGACAAUGGUGUGCGGAGAGUUGUAGUGGUUCCACAACCUCCAGAGUUCCACACAAGUGGUCAUCCUGUCAUACAUCGGCCACCCCCCCCUCUGCCUGGUUUUAUACCACUUCCUGCUAUGAUGCCUCCACCUCAUCGCCAUAUUUACUCAGCUGUCAGUGCAGCAGGAGAUAUGACCUCCCAAUACACCCCUCAGUAUCACCCUUCACAGGUAUAUGGAGAUUUAGAUGUUCUUUCUACUCACGGGAGGUCUGGACUUAGGGAUGAGAGAUCAAGUAAAAUCCAUGAGCGCUUACAGAAGAAGUUGAAAGACAGACACGGUGCACAGAAAGACAAGCUGAAUAGUCCUCCCUUUUCACCCAAAAAAAGCACGUCUCCUAUCAGUGAAUCUAAUGGAAUUAUUAAAGGGCAGAAUAGCCCGGGGAUAAAUACAGGACAGUCGAAGAACAAACAGAAAGGAAAGAAUUCUUCCCAGGUAGAAACAGAAAUACAAGAAAAAGAUGAAGAGACAAAAGCACUAGAAGCGGAACUUUCCAAUAUUUCGAACCCAGAGGUAUCAGACAUUCAAGCAAGAUCGGUAAUACUGACUUGGUCGCCUCCUUCUAGUCUGAUCAGUGAGGAAAAUGAUGGAACCGUUACCCCUGAAGUCUACAUCUAUGAGAUCCUAUUAUCAAACAACGGGAAGGAUGGGAAGUACAAGGUUGCAUACAGUGGAGAGAAAACCAGUGUUACUGUGGAUGAUUUGCGACCUGCAACAGAUUAUCACGCCAGAGUGCAGGCAGAACUAAACUGUGUGAAAGGAAAUCCUUCUGAAGCGGUAAGCUUUACCACCAUGAGCUGUGAGCCAGAAACGCCCAACCCUCCGCGAAUUACCAACCGGACCAAAAAUUCACUUUCCCUCCAAUGGAAGGUGUCUUGUGAUAAUGGCUCAAAGAUACACAAUUACCUUUUGGAGUGGGAUGAAGGCAAAGGAUGUCAGGAAUUCUGCCAAUGUUACUAUGGACUUCAGAAGCAGUUCAGAGUAGGCAAACUGUCUCCGGCAAUGGGAUACACUUUCAGACUUGCAGCAAAGAAUGACAUGGGCAUGAGUGGUUUCAGUGAAGAAGUUCUGUUCUACACCUCGGGCAGUGCUCCGACAGUGCCAGCAAGUCCAGUGCUCCUCAAAGCUGGAAUUAGUUGGCUGUCACUGCAGUGGACUAAACCCUCAGGUACUCCGUCUGAUGAAGGGAUUUCUUAUAUUUUGGAAAUGGAAGACGAAACCUCGGGCUAUGGAUUCAAGCCAAAAUAUAAUGGAGAUGACCUUACAUUCACAGUAAUGAACCUGAGGCGCAGCACAAAGUACAAGUUUAGGGUUGUUGCAUAUAACUCAGAAGGGAAGAGCGGUCCAAGUGAAGUGGUUGAGUUUGUCACCCGUCCAGAUAGGCCAGGUGCACCCUCAAGGCCUUCUGUGAAAGGAAAGGUUCAUGCACAGAACUUCCGCCUAGUUUGGGAUCCACCUAAAGACAAUGGAGGAGCAGCAAUUACUAAAUACACAGUGGAAAUAUCUGAAGAGCAAAAUGGAAACAAUUGGGACACAGCAUACUCUGGACUUGGGCGAGAACAUUUCUGUGACCACCUGAGUCCUGGCUGCUCCUACAGGAUUCGUGUUUUCUGCGAUAGUGAAGGUGGACAAAGCCUGGCUUCAGACACUUUGACAGUACAGACCCCAGCUGUGACACCGGGACCUUGCCAACCACCAAGACUACAAGGCAAACCACGGGCAAGAGAAGUCCAGUUACGAUGGGCACCCCCUCCAGUAGAUGGUGGAUCUCCAGUCACCUGCUACAGCCUGGAGAUGUCUACUUGUGAAGGUGAACAGAGAGAGGUAUACCAAGGAAAUGAGGUGGAGCACACGGUUUGCGGCCUUCUUCCCGGAAAAGGUCACAGCUUCAGGAUACGUGCAGCAAACAAAGCUGGGUUCGGACCAUUUUCGGAAAAGUGUGAUAUCACAACAGCACCAGGACCCCCAGAUCAGUGCAAACCACCUCAGAUAACCUGCAGAUCUGCAACAUGUGCACUUAUACACUGGGAGGCCACCAAUAAUAAUGGUGCAGACAUCACUGAGUACAGAGUGGAGUGGGGAGGCAUGGAAGGCAGCAUGCAAAUUUGCUACUGUGGACCUGGCUUUACCUACGAGAUAAAAGGUCUUUCGCCAGCAAUUGUCUACUACUGCAGGGUCCAGGCUGUGAAUGUUGCUGGUGUAGGCCUCUUCAGUGAAGUAGUCGCAUGUUUGACUCCUGCUUCUGUACCAGCAGCCGUGACGAACCUCUGGGGAAUGAAGGAAGAUGAAAUAGAGAGCCCACAUUAUUCUCCCUCCACCUGCCUUGCUAUACAGUGGGAGAGGCCGUGUGACCACGGCUCAGAGAUUUCUGGCUACAGUAUAGACUAUGGUGACAAGCAGACCAUCACAGUAGGAAAGUCAUCAAGCUACAUUAUAGAACAAUUACAGCCAGACAGCACAUACAGAAUAAGGGUGCAAGCCCUAAACAGUCUGGGAGCAGGUCCUUUCAGCCACUCUGUAAAACUGAAAACCAAACCCCUUCCCCCAGAGCCGCCACGUCUGGAAUGUGCUGUGUAUAGUCACCAGAGCCUUAAGCUGAAAUGGGGAGAUGGUGCGUCCAGAGCGAUCCCAACAGACUCCGUUCAGUACCACCUACAGAUGGAGGACAAGAGUGAAAGGUUUAUAUCCUUAUACAGAGGACCAUGUCAUACGUAUAAGGUACAAAGAUUAAAUGAGUCCACAUCAUACAGAUUUCGCAUUCAGGCAUGUAAUGAAGCUGGAGAGGGACCCUUCUCCGCAGAAUAUGUUUUUACAACCCCCAAGUCCCUCCCUCCUGCACUGAAAGCUCCACGGAUAGACCGAAUAAAUGAACACACCUGUGAAGUCAUCUGGGAGUCCCUGCCUCCAAUGAAGGGAGAUCCAAUCAUCUACAUCCUACAGAUUAUGGCUGGAAAAGACUCUGAUUUUAAACAGGCGUAUAAGGGACCCAAUACGUCACACCGAUACUCUGCCCUCCAUUUGAACUGUGAAUAUCGAUUCCGCGUAUGUGCCAUUCGCCAGUGCCAAGAGGCUGCUGGACCUCAGGAUUUGACUGGUCCUUACAGUGCCACAGUCCUCUUCAUCUCACACAGGAACGAGUCACAAAGCAACACCAGCAAAGACGUUACUGAACCCACAAGGACAACAAGGACGCUGAGUGACGAGCAGUGCGCUGCCGUCAUCCUUGUGCUGUUUGCUACAUUCUCCAUCCUGAUUGCCUUCAUUAUCCAAUACUUUGUUAUAAAGUGAAGGAACCCCAUUUAGCUUUAUCCUGAUCCCUAUACCUUUUUUUUUUUUUUUUUUUUUUUUUUUUUUUUUA